AUGUCGGCCGAUAAAAGUCAAUUGAAGCAAAAUGAAGAUUAUUUGACGGAUUUUACGCCUGAAGAUUACCUCAAAACUACCUCCAGUAAUUUUGAAGACGAAGGCGGACUGCGAAAGUUUUUUUUCGCUUGCUACAAUGAGAUUUAUAAAUCAGGUGCAGUAAAGGGCAGACGACUAAUGGAUGUCGGGACAGGACCUAUACCUAUCUCAGUGGUCACUGCCGAACCUUACGUUCAAGAGAUCUUCUUCAGUGACUAUGCACCUUCUAAUCGAGAUUACUUAUACCAAUGGUUGAUUGGAUCAUCCAGACAAGAUUUUAAAGCUCUGUUCCAGUAUGUCACAAAGCUUGAAAAUAAAGGGCAACACUGGGAAGAAAGAUCUUCUGCCCUGAAAAACAAAGUUGGUGGAAUAUUUCCAGUCGAUCUGCUUAACGAUAAGGUGUUCGGAGAAAAUCUCUUUCCUCAUUUUGACGUCAUUACUUCCAGUUUAACGUUUGAAUCUGCAGCCAAUGAAGUAGCAGAUUGGGAAAAAUUUGCAAAAAGGUUAUCAAAAUUUCAAAAACCUGGUGGCCAUUUUGUCAUCAAUGGAGUUAUGGGAUGUACUUUCUAUAACGUCGGUCCAAUUAAAUUUCAAGCGUUCCCAAUAAGUAAGGAUAAGCUUCAAGAAAGCUUCACCAAUGCGGGGUACACUAUACAGUAUUUUAAGGAUCAUGCAGGGCCCCCAAAGGAAGAAAAUGUCAUAUCUAACUAUGAAAAAGGGUUUGUUAUGCAUUGUAUACGAAACUAA